AUGUUAGAUUUAGAAACAUUUCCUAUUUGUUUUUUUAUAUUCAUAUCUAUCUAUCUAUCUAUCUAUCUAUCUGUAGCAGUACGUGCUUACCGCUGUGCAAACAUUUGCUCUUUCUCUCUCUCUCUCUCUCUCUCUCUCUCUCUCUCUCUCUCUCUCUCUCUCUUUUCUUGCUUCUUUUUUUUCUCUUUCUCUCUCUCCCUUCUCAUUCUCUUUCUCCUUCUCUCUUUCCCCCACUCUUUACUCACUCUCUCUCUUUCUCAUUAUCCAUCUUUCUUCUCUGUCUUACUCUUACAAUCUCUCUUACCAUCUCUCCUACUCUUUCUCCUUCUCUCUCCCAACUUUCUUUUGACACCUUCCUAUAUGAUCUCAAGAUUUCUCACUCGCUGGCUCUUUCUCCUUCUCUCCCAAUCUUGCAUUCUCUCUCAUCCACUUAAUCCCUCUCACUAUCGCUUUCAAUCAAAUCUUUCUCCUUCUCUCUCACCCCUCUCUCCCUCUCAAACUCUUUCUUCACUCUCUCUCUCUCUCUCUCUCUCUCUCUCUCUCUCUGUAUGUCCGUCUGUCUGUGUCUCUCCCUCCCACGUUCAUUCUUGA